CUUUAGGGUACAUUGGAAACAGCCAUCUAAAGUCACAUUUGCCACGUUAACGAUACAAUGAACAAGUUUGAGACAAAUAUGUCUGCCUAGAUUUCUUCCCAACUUUCGCCCACCGGGGCACAGUUUCACCAUGGCUUUCAGACUUCAAGAUGUUUACCUAGCUACGGCUACCCUCCCUGCAACCAUUUACUUAAACCAUUUUAUAUUGUCUGAACAUUCAACUGUACUUAGAGAUGGAAUUAAACUACUGGAACGAGGAUUUCUCGCUUGGUCUGGACAACGGGCCGGACAUGUUCGAUCAGCUAAAUGGCCCGUUCGGUGACCCUAAGCUCUCUGGUCAACCAAUGAGUGACAGAGGUUGUUUGACCCAGGAUGCAUUGUUUGCUAAAGACUUGGAUGAUCUCUACCAAGAAGAUGUUCUGGGAACAGAAUGGAUGGAAUCUUCAGACGUUGAUUCUUAUCUUGAUGCAAUUAGCGGCGCUCAAGACAAGGAAACGCCACUGGAAUCGUUUCUCUUCGAGAGUCCUUUCAUAGGGGACACUCAUGAGGUUCAAGAGGAAAAGCCUUUGGUUUUGUCAGGGUUCUCCCUUUUUGAGCCCAUUAAAGGGGGAAAGCACCAGGACUUCACCAUCUUUGAAGCUGUGAGAGAACACAAGCCCCUGCUUUUUUCAGAUUUCUCUCUCUUUGAAGCUGAUAAAGAGGCAGAUCCUCCAACUUUGUUGUUGAGUCCCGAGACCAUCAGUGCUAAUGUUGCUUCUUCAAAGCUUGAGUUUGACGCUGCUGCAUCCCCACCUAGUUCACCUGCCCAAGUUGCACCUGUUAUCAGCAUUGAUAUAGCUUCCUAUGACUGUCACAGUGGUUCACCAGAAUCUUAUCAGACUGUAGAAAGUGCUGACACUACUUUAGAAUCUUUUUCUGAUAGAGACAUUUCUUUUGAUGACCUUUCUUAUUCUGGUAUUGAAAUCACACAUCCUGCAAAAUCUGUAAACAUUUCAUUGUAUAGCAGUACUCCAACUCUGCAUAGCUAUUCCUCUAGCAUCAAGAAAAGUUGUAGCGGCAUCAUACGAUCCAGUCCUGAGCUGUACAAAGUCAUCUCAGCUUCUGCUGUGGAGCUAGAGAAAAAAAGUUCUGGGUCCAAGUCAAGAUGUGGGAAAAGUACCUCAUCUGUUAGUCGCAAGAGUAAGACAGCAGCACAGCCUGUUCCUGAGCAUGUUAUUGUGGAGCAGCUUGAUAAGAAAGAUAGAAAAAAACUUCAGAACAAAAAUGCUGCCAUUCGCUAUAGAAUGAAGAAAAAGGAAGAAGCAUUUGAAAUUAAAUCUGAAGUACAAAUUUUGGAGGAAUUAAACUCCAAAUUAAAAGUCAAAGUGGAGGACCUGCAGAGAGAGAUUAAGUAUAUGAAAAAUCUCAUGGAUGAUGUUCGCAAAGCAAAGGGUCUUUUGUGAUUUUUUUUUUUCAUCAACAUUGGAACUUAAAAGUGAUUUUCAUUUCUGCUAGCAAUGAAUCUAAUUAAGAGGAAUGGUUAUGUGGUAGAUUAUUUCCACUACAAGAAAACUUUAUUCAUUUCUCCUUGUGUAUAUAUACUUUAACAUUAAUGAAACUUGUGUAGAGAUCAGAGUUUAACAUUUGUUUUUGUUUUUUUGUUGAUCUAAGGCUAUGACAAAUAAGUUUGAAAAUUUUUAUCAUGCUUAUUGGAUAAUUUUAUUUUUGUAAUUAGUUUUGUGUUGAACUUCAGUACAUAUAAUAUAUAUUACAUUAGCACAAUAUUUAACUGUUUUAUUUGAGAAAGUAAAUAAACCUAAAAUUUGGAAAAAC